UAAGUACAUGACAAACAUAAUAGGACCUGAACAAUGUCCUUGUCAGGAUAAUGAUUGAUAGAUGACUACAUUGUGAUGUUUGUUGUACUCAUGUUUAAAAGAUUCAGAACCUUAGACUCUGUGCUCAGUUUGCUCAUCAAAGCACCUAAAUGGAGAUUCAAAAAGCAGCUCUUUUAUUUGGUAUUUUCCUCUUCUCAGCUGCAGAAGAUUGUAUGUACAGCACUGGAGAAGACUACAGAGGCAAAAUCUCCAUCACUGAGAGUGGAUAUACCUGCCAACACUGGGACUCUCAGACACCACACACACAUGGCUACACCCCUUCAGCUUAUCCAGGGAAGUGCUUGCAGAAGAACUAUUGUAGAAACCCUGAUAAAUCACCCAGGCCCUGGUGCUUUACAACAGAUCCGUCCAAACGCUUGGAAUACUGCUCUAUUCCACAAUGCACAACAGAACCAGACCCAAUUGUACCAGAGCUCACUUGUUUUACUGGAGAAGGACUUAACUACAGGGGCACCAUUUCUGUGAGCAAAUCAGGGAAAACCUGUCAGAAAUGGACAUCACAAACACCUCACACACAUACAGUAACUCCAGAGAAUUACCCAUGCAAAGGUCUUGAAGAGAAUUACUGCAGGAAUCCUGGUGGUAGCAUUGCGCCCUGGUGUUUCACCACAGACCCUGAAAAACGCGUGGAAUACUGCAAUGUGCCCAAGUGUGGAGAUCAACCUCAACCUGCAACAAAACCACCCUCAAUUGUACCAGAGCUCACCUGUUUUACUGGAGAAGGACUUCACUACAGGGGCACCAUUUCUGUGAGCAAAUCGGGGAAAACCUGUCAAAAAUGGACAUCUCAAACACCUCACAACCAUGACCGAACUCCAGAAAACUACCCAUGCAAAGGUCUUGAAGAGAAUUACUGCAGGAAUCCUGGUGGUAGAAGUGCACCCUGGUGUUACACCACAGACCCUGAAACCCGCUCGGAAUACUGCAAUGUGCCCAAGUGUGAAGAUCAACCUCAACCUGAAGAUUGUAUGCACAGCACUGGAGAAGACUACAGAGGCAAGAUCAACAUCACUCUAAGUGGAGACACCUGCCAACGCUGGGACUCUCAGACACCACACACACAUGGCUACACCCCUUCAGCUUUUCCAGGAAAGUUUUUGGAAGAUAACUAUUGUAGAAACCCUAAUCAAUGGCCCAGGCCCUGGUGCUAUACAACAAAUCCAUCCAAAAGCACAGACUACUGCUCUAUUCCUCAUUGCACAAUAAAACCAGCCCCAAUUGUACCAGAGCUUACUUGUUUUACUGGAGAAGGACUUUACUACAGGGGCACCAUUUCUGUAACCAGUUCAGGGAAAACCUGUCAGAAAUGGACAUCUCAAACACCUCACAAACAUGCAGUUACUCCAGAGAAGUACCCAUGCAAGCUGAAGUUGUAUGGUGGUAAAGACAUCGUGAACCUUAAAGGUUGAAACGGGAAUGGAAUAUAUUGCAAACGGAGACAAAGUGAAAAGGAAUUGAGAACGGCGUUGAUGUGAGUACCCAGAUUACAUUGGAAACGCAUUGUAUAUUGAUCUGCCUUUGUGUUAGACACCUCCAGGAGAAGGAGGGCGGCCCUACCCCUAAGAUAGCGUGGUGGGUGAGCCGAAGGAACACAUACUGAAGCAGUCACAACGACGACACUACCAACUAGGCCGUAUAGUUCAUCGCCAGAUCCGAUUUAAGCGAAGUGGAGGAAGACGGGUGCCCUUUUGUGUACACUUGAGUGUGGUGGGUGAGUCCUUGUGCUGUGGAAACCUUUAUUUUGACGUGGUGCUGUA